CGACCCCAACCUCUACACGGCGACGCGGCAGGAGCUAGCGGCACGACGUCAACUCAGCGGUCCUGCUCCUGCAGCCCAAGGUGGUCCAAUGGCUUCGAGUGCACCAAGCAUCAUGUUUCGGCGUCUUUUCAAGACACUCACUGUAAGCCCAGCAAUAGCUUCUGGUAUGACCAGCCAGCAUCACCAGCUUCAGCAGCGUGCACCAGUGAGCGGUACAGCCAAAGGAAAGGCCAAGCUCAAAGCUGGCAUGCCUUUGAAGCGCUCCACCAUAGCAAAGAAGGGUGGCACACCUUCCACUGGUGGGGGUGGCCGUGGUCGCCGUGAGGCCAUUGAGCGUAUUACUCAGAUUGCGGAGUCUUGUCUCAAAUCGCCAACCCCCUUACGUCACUUGUCUCCCAAGGAGCGUCUUCGUGAGGCAAAACGUGAGGAGCUUGGGCUCAGCUCUAAGGAGCGCCAACGUGAACUUGAUGCUGCCAAGGCUAAAGCCAAGUCUAAAGGUACUGGUGGAGCUGAUGGCAGCCGUGUACUGUUGGGUCCACCGGGCCUUGAUUAUAUCACUCUUGGGCUGGUUGAUGAGGAGGCAAUCCCUGAAUAUGAGCUGACAGUUGAAGAUGGUCGACGACUUGCCAAAGAAUACAGCCGUGUGCUAAUGCGACGGCACCGUGCACGGCAAACUGCUGAAACAGCACUUUUGAGGCUCAAGAACGAGGCUAUCAUGGCACUCCCUGAGAAGCUGCAAGCUGCUGCUAUUGUUCUUGACAUUAUACCAUUCCCUGCAAACCGGUACAUGGCAACACUCACGCCACCAAUUGAAGGAUAUAUUGAAAAGGUGCGGGACGCUGCUAAGAAGUAUUCAGUGAAGGAAAAGCUUCGCUGAGUUUAA